AGAAAAAGGCAAUUCAUGAUUCCAGUCUCAAUCCAGCUGCCACCGAGACCACAACUUUACCGGUCUUUUUCUUUCCUCUAUAAGACAACGCCACCUUCUCCUCCAUUCUCUCCCAGGCUCGCCACCUCACCACCACCGGGUAUAACUGUAUUCACCUCAAGAAAAAGAAGACAAAGCAGCAUUCUACUUGAGGCCACUAAAGAAACCCAAGAACCAGUUAUCUUUUCAUCCGCUUCUGGGGCUUGUUUUGGUGACUAUAUAAAUAUGGCAUUUGUGAUUGAUAAGUUUAUUCUUGGGACUUUCUUUGCCUCUCUCUGCGGCUUUUUUCUUCUCUGCAUUUUGCGCCGAAACCGCCAGAACCUCGAGAACAAGCGGAAGUUUAAGGAAAAAGCUGUCUUCAAGACCCAAAAUGACAAUGUACGGACGCCAGAGGAUGGCUCUGGUCCUGACGUCAUCAUAGUCGGCGCUGGCGUCGCUGGUGCGGCCCUCGCUUGUACACUUGGCAAGGAUGGAAGACAAGUUCACAUGAUAGAAAGGGACUUAACAGAGCCUGACAGAAUCGUCGGUGAACUGCUCCAGCCUGGGGGAUAUCUAAAAUUAAUUGAAUUGGGACUUGAGGAUUGUGUGGAGGAAAUUGAUGCCCAGCGAGUUCUUGGUUAUGCUCUCUUCAAGAAUGGUAAAAAUACUAGGCUCUCCUACCCGUUGGAAAGUUUCCAUUCUAAUGUUGCUGGGAGGAGCUUCCAUAAUGGGCGUUUUAUUCAGAGGAUGAGAGAAAAAGCUGCUAGCAUUCCCAAUGUAAAGCUAGUCCAAGGAACAGUGACAUCCCUACUGGAAGAAAAUGGGACUAUUAGGGGUGUUCAAUACAAAACUAAGGAUGGUCAAGAACUUAGAGCUUAUGCCCCUCUUACAGUUAUAUGUGAUGGUUGCUUCUCAAAUCUGCGUCGCUCUCUAUGCAAUCCUAAGGUAGAUGUGCCCUCUUGUUUUGUGGGUUUAGUUUUGGAGAACUGUCAGCUUCCUUUUGCAAAUCAUGGACAUGUCAUCCUAGCAGAUCCUUCGCCAAUUUUGUUUUAUCCUAUUAGCAGCACAGAGGUUCGCUGUUUGGUUGAUAUACCAGGUCAAAAAGUACCUCCCAUUGCUAAUGGUGAAAUGGCCAAGUAUUUGAAGGAUGUGGUAGUACCACAGAUUCCACCAGAGCUUCAUGAUGCCUUCAUAUUUGCAAUAGAUAAAGGUAAUAUCAGGACCAUGCCAAAUAGAAGCAUGCCAGCUGAUCCCCAAACUACUCCUGGAGCACUUCUGAUGGGUGACGCAUUCAAUAUGCGUCAUCCAUUAACCGGUGGAGGGAUGACUGUGGCACUGUCUGAUAUUGUUGUACUCAGAGAUCUUCUAAAUCCAUUAUGUGAUCUUAAUGAUGCAGCUUCUCUAACCAAAUACCUUGAAUCUUUUUAUACGUUGCGCAAGCCUGUGGCAUCUACAAUAAAUACUCUGGCAGGAGCUUUGUACAAAGUAUUCUCUGCCUCCCCUGAUCAAGCAAGGAAGGAAAUGCGUCAAGCAUGCUUUGACUAUUUAAGCCUUGGAGGUAUAUUUUCAUCAGGACCUGUGGCUUUACUCUCUGGUCUAAACCCACGCCCACUCAGCUUAGUCCUUCAUUUCUUUGCUGUUGCAAUAUACGGUGUUAGUCGUCUGCUACUUCCAUUUCCUACACCCAAAGCCAUGUGGAUUGGAGUUCGAAUAAUUUCAAGUGCAUCAGGUAUUAUUUUCCCCAUUAUCAAAGCAGAAGGAGUGAGACAAAUGUUCUUCCCUGCAACUGUUCCUGCAAUAUACAGACAUCCUCCUGUGAAAGGUAAAUCAGAUGAUGAGCUGAGAUCAAGGUAGCUUUGGCUUUCACCAUCAGGAUAAACCUGUUCAUAUUUGCAAGUUCCCUGUUGUUAAACUAGGAUCAGCAUGAAUGUGCAAACUGUAUAUGCUGAGAAAUAUCAUUGAUCUUCAUUUUCAGUACGUAGAAACAGUUGUUUAAUGAUGAAAUAAGCAAAAUGGGAGUCAUCUUAAGAUAACCAAA